AUGCCGACGGAGAGGACGUGCCAUCUCCCAACCUCGCCGCCCUUGCCUUCCCGUCGCGGCCCUUGUCGAGCCUUGCCGAAGGUCGGGGAAGGGGAGCGACAUCGCGCCGCCGCGGGUCGGGGAAGGGGCGUGGCUGCCGUGCCCGCGGGUCAGGCCGCGCGCCGCCAGGGCCAUCGGUGGUGGUGGGAUCCCGCCGCCGCCGCCAUCGGAGGGGGAGAGGCGCGGUCGCGAGCACGGCCAGCGCCGACAUCGAGGCUGCUGUCCCUUGAUGUGGAGGCCGCGCGCAGAUCCAGGAUGGAGGAGAGCCACCGCCUCCCUCGAGUGACACCGCUGGUGGGGGAUGGGGGCGGGGGGGCGCCGUGCGCGAGUGGAAGGUCGCGGUGUGCUGUGGCCGCCGUCGGGGUGCGGGUGAGGGAAGGUCGCGGGGUCACGGGCCGCCGCCGGUUGCGAGGUCGCGGGCCACCGCACGCGGAGAGGGGCUGGCGCUGCUUCUUGAAAUAUGUGGAUGUGGCAACGUCGUGCCGGCAUAAAAAUCGGACGGCACAGGGAAUGUAUAUCCUCUAUCGGAUCUACUCGUUUGUUGACCCGCUAACGGAGUGCGGCACCCUGAUGUACUUGGUUUAG